CAGGUUCUAGUGGUCCCAGACUUUUGGAGCCAACUGUAUAUUCACACUUCUUCAGGGUUGAACUUGGCUCUAUCAGAAUGGUUAAACAGACUCUCAACUCCACAUUGGACUCAGAUCUGCCUGAUGUCACAUCACUGAACUUACUGGAUCAAGAAUCCACUCCUGAGAAUAAAAGACACACUGCAAUGUCACCCAAGGACCCUAUGGGAAAAGUAUGUGUUCAAUCCCUUAAAAAGAGGGUCACUGCAGUGUCUGCAGAACGGAACAGAGUCAGGAUGGAGAGAGAGGGAACACCUCUGGGAUUCCCCGACUCUGUGUACUUUCAUGCUGCAGCUAUUUUCCAGAAAACUCAUGUGGAGAAAGACCUCGCACGCCGACUCAUUCGCUAUGGGCACAUCAGUCCCGGUGGUGAUGAUGAUGAUGAUGACGAUGAUGAUGACAAUGAUUCUGGGAUUGUCAACGACGGUGAUGCCAACACCAAGCAGAAUGAGCACUGGGCAUAUGAGCUGGCGUUUAACACCCUGAAAUACCAAGAUCUGCUGGAGGAGAUCCUGACUGACAGCUACUUCUACCGUUCUCAGCAAAUGCCAGAUGACCUCAUGGCUCUUGUGGUGGUCAUACUCUAUGAUCUCCUGGACAGGAAGUUCCAGCCCAGAGAGCCAAUGAAAAGAGUAGAGGAAGGACUUAUAAAGGAAGUAAGACAGGUGGAGGACAGCCUUUAUCGGUUCAAGACCAAACUGGAAGCCUCACUGGCUCAGUACAGAAUAAAGCAGAAUUUGCUGACAAUUGACAGUUACCUGCCACCAGCUGUGAGGGCUAAACAACAAAGAUCACAAACGGUACCGCUUUAUGCCUGGGUCAACACCCUCAAAGCCAGCAUUGAAGACGUGUGUGAGACUCUGAGGACAUCAGGCUUCACUCAGGUCGAUUCACACAUUAACCUGGUGGGAAAUGUGUUCUGUAAGGACAAACACUGUUCCAAUGUCCUGCUGUUUCCCAGAAGGCUCAGAAAACAAUUGGAGAAAACCAAACUAGUGACAGAGCACACACUCAUAAUACAGGAUAAAUCUCGCAGUCUGGCUGCAUGUGCGGUUCGCCCGCUGUUGGGUAAGGGUGGAGACGUUCUGAUGGUGGGGUCUUUCUCUGCUCUGACUUUGGCUCACGUGGCUGUCCAGGCCACUGCCUGUUCUGGCUGUGUACAUGUAUGUGGGGUCCUUAAUGUCUCCACCUUCAACAAGGAAUUACAAUCUAUCCUCACCUCUACUGGCUGCAAAAAUGUGAAACUUAUGUCUGAGUACUUCAAUGAGCUUAAUGAAUGGGAUUUGCGUAUUCAGAAGGUUCGGGUGAUUGUGUUGCUCCCACAGUGUUCUGCCUCAGCGCUCUGUAACCCUGUUGAGUUUAUCCUCAAUGAGAAUGGAGACAGAGGGCUGUUGCAUGGCCUAUCUAAAGGAACCAUCUCUGACAGUAAAAUGGAGGCACUAGUUGCUAAGCAGACACAAGACCUCAACCAUGCACUUACCUUUCCUAAAGUGAAAGGCAUAGUGUACUGCACAUGCUCAGUAUAUCCAGAGGAGAAUGAACAACUUGUGAAGAGAGCGCUUGAAAACGCAGACAGCAAAGCAAAAGCUGUGCCCUUCAGGCUGGUCACUGCAGGAUGGGAUGAUGAGGAAGAGAAGUUUUUCAGAACUGAAGCAUCUGAAGUCACAAAUGGCUGCUUCCUCUGUGUGAUGAAAAGAGAGCAAGACCCAGCAGAGGCAGAAACUGUGCAGGACAUUUUGGCUCGAGCUGCUGCUAAAGGUUUAUUGGGGGGGCUGCUGCCUCCUGAUCCCCUGAAUGGAGAGAAACCAAAAAAGAGGAAAAAACAAAAAGGAUCCACAUCAAUUCUUCCGCCUUCCUCUCUGAUUGAGCCUCCUGCAUCAGUGAUGAUCAGUCUGAGUCCUCCAGCUGACAGUGUGCUCACCGAUACCAUCAGUCAGACAGCAGCCGCUCCAAAACACACUUCUACAGUCCUGAAUGACAGUUCCACAAUCCUAGAUCACACUUCAGUCACUAAAAGUCAAACUUCCACAUUAAUGGAUGCCACAUUUAGCACUACAAAUCAUUUUAGUGUUCUAGACCCAUUGGACAAUGAUAAAAAACAGUCUUCCGUUGUGCGAAAGAAGCGACCAAAAGGUCAUAAGCCUCAAGCUAAAGUUGCUAAGCAAUCCAGGAGAAAAAAGACGUCUAAAUCACACUCUCGUAAAGAACGGCAGAGCAAAUCUCGACCUCCACGCAAGAGACUCCUGCACCUUCGGCCAUCUCAACACGCUGUUGUUAACUCCAUUAAACCAACUCCACCUCAGACCAAACCUGCUGCCAUCAGAACCCCAGUGUCACCCUAUAGAUCCAGACAUUUGCACAGUAGAGCCACAUCUCAACGAGAAUCCUUUAAACCAAAAAAGGAAAUGAUCAAAUUAGAGGCCAGUAAGCCGUUCAGGGAGGAAAUCCGGUCAAGAGAGCUCAGUCUCCCUCCCGUUUAUCCGCUCAGUCCUUCACGCCUCUCUUCGUCCCCAUAUCGACUGUACUCCUCUAACUCUUCUAAUUUCUCCAGCAGUCUUUCCUCUUCCAGCAGCAUUGCCAAAGGCAGAGACUCCAUUUUACGUUCACAGGUAUGGCGCUGAGUUACAACUUGUUGUUCAUACAUUCACAUCCUUUGUGCUUCCAUACAAAAGAAUUGUGGUAAACAAUGUGUGCAGACAAAUAUAUUGCCAGCGAAGGCAAGGUACUGAUCUCAUGACUAAAACAGUCUAGUUGAUUUAUUAUUAAUACAGUAUCUCACAAAAGUGAGUACACCCCUCACAUUUUUGUAAAUAUUUUAUUAUAUCUUUUCAUGUGACAACACUGAAGAAAUGACACUUUGCUACAAUGUAAAGUAGUGAGUGUACAGCUUGUAUAACAGUGUAAAUUUGCUGUCCCCUCAAAAUAACUCAACACACAGCCAUUAAUGUCUAAACCGCUGGCCACAAAAGUGAGUACACCCCUAAGUGAAAAUGUCCAAAUUGGGCCCAGUGUGUCAAUAUUUAGUGUGGCCACCAUUAUUUUCCAGCACUGCCUUAACCCUCUUGGGCAUGGAGUUCACCAGAGCUUCACAGGUUGCCACUGGAGUCCUCUUCCACUCCUCCAUGACGACAUCAUGGAGCUGGUGGAUGUUAGAGACCUUGCGCUCCUCCACCUUCCGUUUGAGGAUGCCCCACAGAUGCUCAAUAGGGUUUAGGUCUGGAGACAUUCUUUAGCAAGGCAGUGGUCAUCUUGGAGGUGUGUUUGUGGUCGUUAUCAUGUUGGAAUACUGCCCUGCGGCCCAGUCCCCGAAGGGAGGGGAUCAUGCUCUGCUUCAGUAUGUCACAGUACAUGCUGGCAUUCAUGGUUCAUGGUUCCAUGGCGAGGCCUGUUCUGAGUGGAACCUGUCCUGUUAAACCGCUGUAUGGUCUUGGCCGCCGUGCUGCAGCUCAGUUUCAGGUUCUUGGCAAUCUUCUUAUAGCCUACACCAUCUUUAUGUAGAGCAACAAUUAUUUUUUUCAGAUCCUCAGAGAGUUCUUUGCCAUGAGGUGCCAUGUUGAACUUCCAGUGACCAGUAUGAGAGAGUGAGAGCGAUAACACCAAAUUUAACACACCUGCUUCCCAUUCACACCUGAGAUCUUGUAACACUAACGAGUCACAUGACACCGGGGAGAGAAAAUGGCUAUUUGGACAUUUUUGUGGCCAGCGGUUUAGACAUUAAUGGCUGUGUGUUGAG